GAUUUGUGUUUGCAAACUCUAGAGAGCAGAACCAACUCCCAAAGAACAAGCAACAGAGAAACGGAAAGCGUUACGCCCCAAACAUUCGGAAGGAAGAAGUGUUUGCAGCAGAGACAUGAGCACUGCAGGAAAAGUUAUUAAAUGCAGGGCAGCAGUUGCCUGGGAACCCCAUAAGCCCCUCUCCAUUGAGGAAAUCGAAGUAGCACCACCAAAAUGUCAUGAAGUUAGAAUAAAGAUUCUUGCUACUGGUAUUUGCGGGUCAGACAGCAGUGCACUAAGUACAAUAAUGCAUACCAAGUUCCCAGUAAUUUUGGGUCAUGAAGCUGUUGGAGUUGUUGAAAGUGUGGGUCCGGGAGUGACUCGGGUUAAAAAGGGUGACAAAGUCAUCCCUCAUUGCCUUCCCCAAUGUGGAGUUUGUAGAAGCUGCAAAGGCCCAAACAGCAAUUUCUGUGAAAAAAAUGACAUAGGCGGAUUAUCAGGAAUGAUGGAAGACAAAACGAGCAGGUUUACUUGUAAAGGCAAACCGAUUCACCACUUCAUGAGUACAAGCACUUUUACGGAAUACACUGUUGUGUCUGACAUGUGUGUUGCCAAAGUGGAUGAUCGAGCUCCAAAUGAAGUCUGCAUCAUUGGCUGUGGAUUUGCUACUGGAUAUGGUGCCGCUUUAAAUACUGCUAAGGUGACUCCUGGCUCUACAUGCGCUGUAUUUGGGUUGGGAGGUGUAGGAUUCUCAGUAAUACAUGGCUGCAAAGCUGCCGGAGCCACUCGCAUUAUUGGGAUAGGUACUCAUAAAGAUAAAUAUCCAAAAGCUAUUGAACUUGGAGCCACAGAGUGCAUAAAUCCAAAGGACUAUGAAAAGCCUAUUCAGGAGGUCAUUUGUGGUAUGACUAAUGGAGGAGUGGAUUAUGCCUUUGAAUGUACUGGGCGUAUUGAAACUAUGAAUUCUGCUCUUGAAUCCACGUACUGUGCCAGUGGAGUCACUGUGGUGAUUGGUGUGACAUCUCCAACUGAUAAACUUACAUUUCCUCCAAUGUUGCUCAUCCCAGGUCGUACAUUGAAAGGAUCUCCAUUUGGAGGGUGGCUAGGGGAAGAUCUCCCAAAGCUGGUAACUGAUUACUUGAAUAAAAAAAUCAAGAUUGAUCACUUGGUGAGCAAUACACUGCCAUUGGAUAAAAUCAAUGAGGCCUUUGACCUGCUCCACAGUGGGAAAGGAAUUCGGACCAUUGUGGUAUACUGAUCCCAUAGCAGAGAUGCUACUUUCUAUCACUGGAGUCCUCUAUUUUUAUUUGCUUCAAAUCCUGCAUGAAAUGUACUGAAUCAAGAUCUAUAAGAAAACAUUUCACUCUUUUAUAUUUACUGUAAUUGUAAUUAUACACUGAAUAAAAUCCAAUCACCUUAGCCUAAGCAAUAUCUUAUGUUACAUCAUUCAGCUGAUAGAACACAAGAACAUUUGUGGCAAUCACACAAAAAAUAAUUAAUGUAAAGAAUAAUUUAUAUCUUGUCUUUUGAAGCUCUGCUGAUUUGCUGCUUUCCUAUUAUAAGCUGCUUAGUUCAGAGCAUAUUACUUUUAAAACAUACAGUAUGCUUCCCCUCAAAAAAAAAUCAUAGUUUCUAACUUUAUAAUUAUGUUUCACCAACAUUAGAUUUAGAAUGAAUCCUUGUCUUGAAAUAUCAGUUUUUAGGAAAAAUAAACCAUUAACCAUU